CUCACUUUUAGAGCGUUUCUCUUAUUUUCUUCAUUCAGUUCACUCUCUUCUUCACCUUUUCCAUUUGCUCCUCUCAUCUCAUUCUCCUUUCAUUCAUCAUCCUCUGCCUACAUCCAUGGCCUCCAAAACUUCUCGCUCUACCUCCAAACAUCAGAAACAACAUGGAGAGGUGACCAAAGAUGAUGCCAUGACGAAGAAGAUAAAUCAAUUCACAGAUCAAAUACAUGCAGAGCGAGGAGAAUGCGUUAAAGAAAAAAUUCAGAGACAUUGGAAGAAUCUUGAGCCUUUGUUUUCAACGAUUGAGUCAGUAAUAUCAGGGAGGGAGUCUUUACAGACAGAGAAAAAUGUUAAUAUGCUUUCUUCAAAAAUUGUCAACCCUUUGGGUAAGUUCAGUGGUUUCUCUAAAGGUAUGGUAGAGAAGGAUCGCAUCAACAAUGUGGACUUAUCAUGUGCAAAAGGCAUUAAGAUUUCACACAUGGAAAAAAUUCCACCAUAUAUAUCUUGGGUAUAUGUGGCCAGAAAUGAGAGAAUGGCCAAAGAUCAGUCAGUUAUUGGAAAAUUCCAAAUGUACUAUGAUAAAAAUAGAGGUGAAAUGGUGAUAUGCAGUGAUAGUGAAGAAGAGAUAGAGGAAGUUAAACAUGACUUCACAGAGGCUGAAGACCAAAUUUUGCGGAUGACACUUGAGGAAUACGAGUCUACUGGAGAGGUACCGAAUAUCGUUAAAGAGUCUAUUAAAACUACCGAUUCACAAAUUAAGGAGAGGUAUGGAAUACUCAAGGAAAAGAAUACGCGAAGUCUAGAUCAGAAAUCUGGAGCUUGUGAUUGCAGAGGAUGUGCAUCUCAUCUUGGAAUAUGUUUGGAGAAAAACUUGAGUGAUACUUUAGAAACUUUCGAUAUCCUCUUCUGUCGUCAGUGCUAUAUAUUUGAUUGUCCCCUGCAUGGCACUUCUCAACGUUUAAUAUAUCCUAGUGAAAAGCAACCAAUUUGGUCUGAACCUGAAGAUGAUACGAAACCAUGCAGUGAUCAGUGUUACCUUCUGGAUAAAGGAGUUGUGGAUGGACAAAAAGAUCUGACAAAUGAGAGAGAAUUUAAUCAGAAGUCCAAUUCCAUGGAAAUGCAAGUUGAUGAGAUGACAAGUAACUCGGAUUGGAAACCUCUCGAGAGAGAUUUAUAUUUGAAAGGACUAGAACUGUUUGGAAAAAAUAGUUGCCUUAUAGCACGUAUCUUGCUUUCUGACUUAAAGACUUGUUUGGAAGUAGCCAAGUACAUGUUUGCUGGUGGAGAGUCAAUGCCCCAUGGAUCCAUUCCAAGUUCAAUGACCGACACAAAUGAAAAGAUUAAUGCAGAGUGCACAGACCAAGAAAUGUCAUCAAAACAGCCCCAACGAAAAAAGGGGAAAGCAAGAAAGUUCAAUUAUCAUCGAAAGUCUGCUGGCCUCCCACCUAGAUUGAGAAGAAUUGGUUACGAGGAAGAUCUGUGUAAUAAGCAGUAUACUCCUUGUGAGUGUCAUGGAAUGUGCGGAAAGGAAUGUCCUUGUCUUCUUAAUGGAACUUGCUGUGAAAAAUAUUGUGGGUGUUUAAAGCUUUGCAAUAAUCGGUUCAGAGGAUGUUAUUGUGCUAAGAGUCAAUGCAAAAGUCGAUUAUGUCCAUGCUUUGCAGCCAACCGCGAAUGUGACCCAGAUGUCUGUCGAAAUUGUUGGGUUAGUUGUGGCGAUGGUUCACUGGGGGAGCCACCUCGAUGUGGAGAUGGUCAAUGUGAAAAUAUGAAUCUUCUUUUAGGCAAAAAACAAAGGAUUCUUUUGGCAAAGUCAAAUGUUGCAGGAUGGGGAGCCUUCACAAAGAACUCGAUAAACAAAAAUGAUUGCUUAGGGGAGUACACCGGUGAACUAAUUACUCAAGCAGAAGCAAACAAGCGUGGAAAAUUGUAUAAUCGAAUAGAAACUUCAUUCCUUUUUAACCUUAAUGAUCAAUGGGUUAUUGAUGCUUAUCGCUUAGGAGAUAAGUUAAAAUUUGCAAACCACUCAUCAAAACCCAACUGCUAUGCAAAGGUGAUGAUGGUAGGAGGGGAUCAUCGAGUUGGCAUAUUUGCUAAAGAGAACAUUGAAGCCGGUGGUGAACUUUUUUAUGAUUAUUACUAUGCUUUAGAUUGUGCACCAGCCUGGGCUCUUCCGUCGAAAGUUGAAGCUUCCAAAAAAGAUGAAUUAACAACUUCUCGAGGCAAGACAAAGAAAUAUCAUACUCGAUGAAUAACCAUCAUAACCAAGGACCAAUAUAUAGAGUUUAUUGUGUCCUUUCUCCAAAAACAAAUUUUGACAUCCUAUGGGAUAUACUCGAGAACAAUUGUUAUGAGGAUAUUGAUAUGAAAUACUAAUAUGCAUAAAAUUAUCCUAGAAGGUUUGAAUCAAAGUAUGAGUUUACUAUUA